AUGGCUUCUACGAUGAUCGGAUUUCACCUCUCUUGCUACAAACCGAUAUCGUUUUCUUCGUCGUUUUCCUCGCCGGACCUCAAUUCUUUACACUCAAAGCUCUCUUUCCUCUCUCUCAAACCGUCUCCACACCAGCCGCGAAAAUCGACGGUUAUCCGUAUGGGCGGCGGUCCGAGAACUUUUCCGGGAGGUGUAUCCAAGUGGCAAUGGAAGAGGAUGCAAGCGAAGAAGCAGAAACAGCUUCUCAAGGCUCGAUUAUCUCGAGAACGCCAGAUUUACGAGAUGCGGAAACGCGCCGAGCUCAAAGCGGCGGUUGCUGAGCUUGAGCGACCAUGGGAACCGGUUCAUAAACCUCCGAAUCUAUUCUCUGUAUGCGCCGAUGAGCAGGUUAAGGUACUCGCUGAUCGGUUUCAGAAACCUGGCGGAUUCGAUCUCUGGACUGAUCGGGAUGGGCCUCAAUUGUUCGAGACGGUUGAUGAUUUGCCUUCUGCUAGGUUUUUCCCUAAAGGUGUUGUUCAUAGUGUGAAACCUUAUCGGAAAUUACCAAGCUCUGGUGAUUCAGAUGUGGAGAAUUCGCCGAAACAGGAAGAAAUUAGGGUAAAAUUCGAAGAUACUAGUAGUAGUGAUAAGCAUCGUGGUCGUAAGCUGAGGAAGAGAAUAGGGAUUAAGGGUAUAGAGAGAAGUGAAGAAGGUAAGAGGAGGAUGGUGAAUCGUGUUAAUGGUGGGAAAUUAAGAAAUGGAAGAUCUCAGGUAUACGAAAUGACUUUGCAGAACGAUGGGAGAUACGAAAUUGGACCUUAG